AUCUUGUAUCGUGGUUUGCUUGGGUUAAAGAAUUCUUUCGAGGCCUUUGCUCGAGAAUGGAACGAGCCCAACCACCGUCUCCAGCACCAUUCAACUUUGCACAAAACAAGCAAGUUUUUCAAAGAGGAGCUCAUAAGCAAAGCGAGGAUAGACAAAUAAUUGAACAACAGGCUCCCCCGACUGCUGCUGGUAAAGAAUUUGCAAAGACUUCGUUUGACACCGUUCGUUCGUAUUUGGUGUGUGGAAGUCGUUUUGACUGUCCCGAGAGGUUUAAGCUCCUUCGCCCCAUCGGCCACGGAGCCUAUGGAAUUGUAUGCUCGGCAAAGGACCAAGUAACUGGAGAAUUGGCGGCUAUAAAGAAGAUUACCAAAUGUUUUGAUCACACUACGGACGCUCGAAGAAUUUUGAGGGAAGUAAAGCUCUUAAGGCAUUUUAAGCACGAAAAUAUUAUUGGCUUGAAACAAAUUCUGCGUCCCUCUUCUUUUGAAGCGUUUGAAGAUGUUUACCUGGUGACUGAACUUAUGGAGACGGACCUUCAUCAAAUCAUUGUUUCUAAACAGUCACUAACGGAAGAGCAUUUUCAAUACUUUAUAUAUCAGAUAUUGAGAGCUCUUAAGUAUGUACAUUCGGCUGAUGUGCUUCAUAGAGACUUGAAACCAAGUAAUGUUUUAGUAAAUGGUAAUUGUGAUAUUAAGAUCUGUGACUUUGGCCUUGCACGUUCUGCAAGUUUUAACGAACUCGGAGGUGAGUUUAUGACCCAAUAUGUUGCCACAAGGUGGUAUCGAGCUCCUGAAAUUAUGUUGUCUUUCCGACAUUAUGAUAAGUCGGUUGAUAUUUGGUCCGUCGGCUGUAUCUUUGCAGAACUCUUGGGAAGAAGGCCUUUAUUUCCAGGCAAAGAUUACAUGCACCAGUUGCGACUCAUAAUUGAUGUUGUUGGUACACCAAGUGAUCAAGACAUUGAAUAUAUAGAAAGUGAGAAGGCAUUACGGUUUAUCCGUUCUCUUCCACGAAAGAAUCCCGUUGCUUGGCGCAAACUAUAUCCCGACGCGUCUAAUCUUGCACUGGAUUUGCUGGGGCGAAUGUUACAGUUCGACCCUCGCAAACGCUGUAGCGUUGAAGAUGCCCUGUCGCAUCCUUAUCUGAGCUCUUUACACGACCCAACGGAUGAACCUGUAUGCCCAAGUAAGUUUAGUUUCGAGUUUGAUUCGCCGCAAGUAACAAAGGAGCAACUGAAAACUAUGAUGUGGGAAGAGAUAGUAAGACAAGGACAAACGUAGGAAAAUUUUUUUGAAUGUUGUUUGUUUCUGUUUGCUUCUCUGCAAAGUUUGAACUUAGUUUGUAUAAACUCAUAAACUGUUACAUUCUAUAUUACAUCCAAAUGAAUGACGCCUCCCCUAAUAAAUGGCCUCAAAUUGAA